CGUCGUUAACUCGGAAAAAUCCCAGCUCCUCAUUCAUCGCGUCGUCGUUCCUUUACGUUCACGGUUUUUCUUUCGUCAACAAAUAAACAACGAACUAACAAAAGUACUUGUAAACAAAGAUGAAACGUCCCGGAAACUUAGUAGCAGCGUUUUUAACAACAUCGGCUCUGCUACUUUGUCUGCACACAGUCACAGGUGAAUACUGUGAGGUGAAUCUCUGCCACAAUGGAGGGACGUGUGUGACCGGUGUCGGAGACGAUCCCUUCAUCUGCAUCUGCGAGGACGGCUUUGGCGGAGACACCUGUAACCUGACAGAGACAGGGCCGUGCAGCCCCAACCCCUGUAAAAACGAUGGCUUGUGUGAAGUCAUCGCUCCGACCAGACGAGGGGAUGUUUUCAACGAGUACGUCUGCAAAUGCCAGCCCAGUUUCGAGGGAGUGCACUGCCAAAACAAUGUGAAUGACUGUGCCCAUCAGCCUUGUAAGAAUGGAGGGCUGUGCAGAGAUCUUAAUGGAGACUACACCUGCCAGUGUCCAUCACCAUAUGUUGGAAAGCAGUGCCAGCUACGUUGCAUUUCUCUGCUCGGGAUGGAGGGAGGUGCAAUCGAGGAAUCCCAGAUUUCUGCUUCCUCCAUGCACUUCGGCAUUCUGGGUCUCCAGCGUUGGGGCCCAGAGUUGGCUCGGCUCAACAACCAAGGCCUUGUCAACGCCUGGACAUCGGCCACACAUGACAGCAACCCCUGGAUCGAGAUUAAUAUGCAGAAGAAGAUGCGUCUGACGGGCAUCAUCACCCAGGGAGCCAGUCGCCUGGGCUCAGCCGAGUACAUCAAGGCCUUUAAGGUGGCGAGCAGCUUGGAUGGAAGUACUUAUAUCACGUACAGACUGGAUGGCCAAAGGAGGGACAAGGUCUUUAUUGGCAACUCGGACAACGACAGCACAAAGACCAACAUCUUUGACCCUCCCAUCAUGGCGCAGUACAUCCGCAUCAUCCCUGUGGUCUGCCGCAAGGCCUGCACGCUGCGUAUGGAGCUGGUGGGCUGUGAAGUCAAUGUACAUUCAAACACAUCAGGUUGCUCGGAGCCUCUGGGGAUGAAGUCUCGCCUCAUCUCCGACGGGCAGCUCACGGCCACCAGCACUUUCCGCACGUGGGGAAUCGACACCUUCACGUGGCAUCCUCAGUUUGCCCGCCUGGAUAAGCAGGGCAAGACAAACGCCUGGUCUCCCGCCAACAACAACCGCUCAGAGUGGAUCCAGGUCGAUCUAGAGAGGACAGCGCGCCUCACAGGCAUCAUCACUCAGGGGGCGAAGGACUUUGGUGUGGUGCUGUAUGUCUCCGUGUUUAAAGUUUCUUACAGUAACGAUGGAGAGACAUGGAGUACAGUGAAGGACGAGGACACCGCGAAAGACAAGCUUUUCGAAGGCAACAUCGACAACAACACGCACAAGAAGAAUGUCUUCGAGGCUCCGUUCUACGCCCGAUACGUCCGAGUGGUCCCCUGGGAGUGGCACGAGCGCAUCGCUCUACGCAUGGAGCUGCUCGGCUGCGAUGACUAGAAGCUCACGGAGAAUGGAUCCUGAACAGAGUCACCCUGUUUUGUACUUUAUGGAGAUUGUGUUGAAUAGCUUGGACUUAAACACUUGUAGCACUUUUCUGACUAGUGAUUUUUUUUAUAUAUAUUUUAGUUUUGCAGUGCUCACACAGAGAGUGUGUGAAACUGUAGAGUAUCUAUGGUUUUAGGAACUUUUGGUUUCUUAAGCAAACCUGAUCAAGAUUGACUUCAGAAUCCCCCGCCAUUCAGGAGAUUUAAAUUGUCCAGUGUGUGAGAAUUAAUGAAUUAAUUUAACAGUGAGACUGAAGAUUGUAACAAAUGGAGGACUCCUCCACUCACUCCUCCCUUUCCCGAGCAUGUCAAAGAACUGAAGUGACCUCGGCAUACAAGAAAAUAUGUCAUUCUUCUUCAGUUGCAGAGUAAGUAAAACAUGGCGGCCUCUCAAAGCAAUGCGUAAAUACAUAUAAAUUCUAAGGCUACGAAAAGCAAAUUAUUAUUAUUUUGUCUGCUGAAUCAUGAUCUUAAAUACAGUUUUUUUAUAGAAUGAAUGUGGAAAGUCUUGACUUGUUAUUUUCUAUAUUUCUUUAUUUGUUUCAAUUUUUUUUUUGGAUUCAGGCAAUUUUGUGUCCGUCCGACAAUGCAAGAAAGCACUUUUUGUUGGACUGGUAGUGUAUUUGCUGCUGCUGUGCCUGUUUUGUGUAAUUUUUUUAUUGUGUCUUAUCAGCAGGCCGGGCACAACUUGGUGCCUGACGAAAAAAUAAAACUGAACUAAAAUGACUUACUAAAGGCACUCACACAAACAUCA